AUGGCCCCCGUUCCUCCUAUGAACCAGACGGGCAUCGCCUGGUCCAACAUAUUGAGCCUUUAUGUUCGAGGUCACAAGUGUUUGGGCUGGGACUGCAUGACUACCUCUGAACAAGCAGGUAUCAUCACCAGUGCUACAGUCAUCUUGAUCGUUCUUCUCUUUGCCUACAUGUACUACCUGGGAAGAAUAACGACAGCUCACCAGGAAAUUGUCCUCCGCCGCCAACGGAGGCGUAGAAGACGCCCGUUCGCCCUUGUCCCAACUGUUUCACUAGUACAACUACCUCCUGUUCCGAGAUUCCCAAGCCAGCAGGUAUCAUACCAGCCUGUGCUCUAUCACCCCCCUCUCGCUCCAGUUGCCCUCCCGCAUCUUCAGGGCCCUUCGGCAGUGAUUCCUCAGCAGCAGAUUCCAGUGUUUCUACCUGUUCAGCCAACUACUUACGUUGAACCACGGCCAGUAUUUCAAUCCAGGACUCGCCAGAAUGAGCCAGUCAGACCAAUACAGCGUUCUGGGUUUUGUCCAGCUUCUAUGUCUUCAAGCGGUUUACCCCCCCGGCAUCCUUCAUGGCGUCAGCGUCUCCGUCAGGUAUUUGGGCUUCCUCUGGGAAGAGCUUCGACCGUGGGUAGCGAAUCAGUUCCCGGAACUCCUACCAUGGCACAGUCUCGGCUUGAAGGCUCUCAUCGGGAAUCGAACGCAUACAGAUCUACGGAUAAACAAACAGAGGCUCAUAAAGUACCUCGGACCAGUCAAGACCUUGGGCACGAUAGUGGUCCCUCGGAUCACUCUCGGGGAAGUGACAGGAGCGGCACAGCUGGCAGUGAUAGAAUCCGGUCGCCGGGCUCUGCCGCAGCGACAGUUCAUAGUGAUGAUUAUGAUCUAAUCUCCAAUGUGCAACUACCGCAUACUCAUCAGAAUGCAUCCGACGGGCAAAGGUCGCGCGCGCAAACAAAUCUGUCAAACGCCAAUGAUAGCAACCUGUCAGAUUAUCACAACCCUUUGGCCAUGUUACCUCUUACACCCCCUUUCAAACCCAUGGAAAGGCCACCGACUCCCAAGUCUGAAGUGCUGGACACUCGGCAGCAUAUUCGCCAACUCGAAGUUGUGAUACCUGGGCGACAAUCUCGUGCUUCUACGUCGACAUUGUCCCGUCAGUCACCCGUUAGGACAUAUCAUCCUGAGUGUGAGCAGCACCACCGAGGCCGUGAGAUGCACAGAAGAAAUUGGGACAGCACAUAUACCAAUGCAAACUACGUGACUGAAGGCACGACUGGCCCUUCAACACCUCAGCCCACUCAUCAAGGGGGUGGCAUCUACUAG